AUGCUCGAUUAUAUUGUCAUCGGCGCUGCAGGCCCGUCAGGACUAUGCGCGGCGAAAACAAUCCUCGAGUGCGAACCAGACGCCCAACUCAAAAUCCUUGAUGGUAACAAAUCCCUCGGUGGCGUCUGGGCCCAGGAGAACCUUUUCCCCGGCUUGAAGACCAACAACGUCCGGAACAGGAUCGAUUUCUCUGAUUUUUAUAUGGACGAUCGGUUCGGCAUCAAACCAGGCCAGCAUGUCACAGGUGAGGUCAUGCAUCAGUAUCUUCAAGAAUACGCCGAGCGAGCAGACCUGAUCAGUCGAAUAUCUCUGGGGUCAAAAGUUCUUGAAGUUUCGAGAGAUCCAUCAGGCACGGGCUGGGUCGUCAGACUCGACAGGGAAGUGGAUGGCACUUUGCAGAGCCGCAAACUCAUCGUCGCCGUCGGCGCUACCAACGUUCCGCACCGCCCGUCAAUUCGAGGCGCAGAAACUUUCAAUCGUCCCAUUAUCCAUUCCGGUGAGCUCGGUAAGCGAGGGGAUGUUCUGUCUGCGACAUCCAGUACAGAGUCAGUCGCCGUCCUUGGAGGUGGCAAGUCCGCCUACGACGCAGUCUACUUAGCAGCCUCAAAGGGCCGGACGGUUGAGUGGAUUAUUCGCAAGUCAGGAAAAGGUCCCGAAUGGAUCUUUCCAAGUCACACAUAUCUAGGACCAUUCAAAGCUCUGCGUGAACAGUUGCCGAGUCGAAGGAUCGUCUCCGUUUUCAGCCCCUGCUUGUGGAAUGAUGGCAUGCGAUAUUUGCGUGCCUUUCUACACUUCACCACACUAGGCAAGAAGAUUGCGCAGAAAUUCUGGACAAACAUCCACGUCAAGACUCUAGGCGAUUGUGGCAUGCUCAACGACGAGAAAACCAAAGUCCUAGAGCCGGAAACCGGCCCCUUUUGGUACGGGACCGCGUCUGGCGUGCUGAGCUACGACCAAGACUUCUACAGCCUUUUGAAGAGCGGUCAAGUUCGAGUGCACCGAGAGGACAUCUCGCAUUUGUCUGAAGGCCAAAUCAAUCUCCUCAAUGGCCAAGCUUUGAAUGUCGAUGUAUUGGUCACGGCCACGGGGUUUUCCGCCAAACCAACGCUACAGUUUACGCCAACCUCGAGCCAUGCCGAUCUUGGUGUACCUUCAACCUCGUUCACACAAGAACAGCAUGAAUUCUGGAGCGCCCUUAACAAAGCCGCAGAUGCCCAAAUCGCAGCUAGUUUCCCCCGUCUGCUUAUCGGGCCACACCUGUCACCAAGCUCCGACACUCCCCAGCCUGUACGACCAUACGACCCCAGUCUGUAUCCCGAGCUGAACUACACCCCAUUUCAAUUAUAUCGUGGCAUUGCGCCGCCGGGGCCGACGUCCAGAGGCGAUAAUUCGCUCGUCUUCAUCAGCAUGUUCUCGAAUCUAGCCAAUACCCCGCGGUGCGAGCUGCAGUGUCUAUGGGCAUAUGCCUAUCUCAACAAUAAGCUCGACAUUGACCGGUCCAACGUGUACAAGGACACGGCGCUGAUGAGCCGGUACGUCAGACACAGAGCGCCGUAUGGCCAUGGUCGGUUCAUCCCCGAUCUAGUGUUUGACCAGCUCCCGUACAUGGACACGUUGCUGCAGGAUCUCAAACUGAGAUAUUGGCGCAAAUCAAAUGUCUUUGCCGAGCUUUUUGCGCCUUAUACAUCCACCGAUUACAAGGGUGUGGUGAGGGAGUGGGCGUUGGCCAAUCUGCCCACAUCAAAGGCUGCGACUUCUGAGACAACGCCACUUCUGAAGUGA